AUGGAAUCUUCUGGAGUUUCGACAAAGCGGCGAACUUCAUGUUUGGCCCAGCAUGCCACCACGAAUGGCCAGCCAGGGGUUUGGGUGACCCGGGGGUCGGGCCAGGUGGACCACGAACCUAAAAAAGUAGAUUUUGCCAACCUCCCUGCCAAGUCCCAAACAGACGAACCGAUUCUAAAAGAAAUUGGAAUUCUAUAUGGCGGAUCCUUGAUCGCUUCAACUAUUAUUGGGCCUGGGAUUUUCACUUCGCCAAAGGGAGUACUGGAAGGGGCAGGGUCGGUGGGGUUAUCUUUGGUCAUAUGGGCAGCCUGCGGAGUAUUCAGUACUUUAGCUGCCCUCUGUUUCACGGAACUGCGCGAGUCGGUUAAGAAAGAGGGGGUGGAGUACGCCUACAUCUCGGAGGCGUUCGGCCCGGUCGUCACCUUUGUGUACUCCUGGAUGAGAAUUGCCGCCGCGGAGCCUGUCGGGACGGCUGUGUUUUGUGUGGCGUUUGCCGACUACUUCGCCGACGCUUUGUUCGAGGGCUGCGGACCGCCGGAGACUCUCCGUACAAUAUUAGCUAUUACAGCUUUAGUGUCGCUGGCGGUAAUGAACGCGUAUAGUAACAAGAUGGCGGAACAGGUGCAGCUGCUGGCCACUGUGGGUAAAGUUACGGCGGUGGCGUUCAUUCUAAUCUUCGGGCUAAUGCGACUCGUGCAAGGUCACGUCUCCAAUCUGAAGACUGGUUUUGAGGGAACGAAGCACGAACCGGCCACUCUAGCGUUCGCGGUUUACAAUGGGCUCUGGGCUUAUGGAGGAUGGUCCAAUGUGAAUCAUGUUACAAGAGGUGUCAAGAAUCCACCCAGAAACUUACCCCGCCUCGUCAUUACUGUUAUACCACUGGUGAGCAUAAUCUACAUGCUUGUCGUGACGUCAUAUUUCACUGUUAUGACGAAAGAGGAUAUGAUGUCGUCAAACGCCAUUGGGGUGACAUUUGGAGCGCGGGUGCUGGGGAAGUAUGCCGCCGUUAUUCCUAUCGGGGUGGGGCUGACCGCCCUGGGUAGCGCUAACGGAACCUUUCUUACAGUUGGAAGAUUAUCCGGUGUCGCCGUCAAAGAUGGCUACAUGCCGGAAGUCAGUUCCUGGAUUCAUGUGCGAAGUAAAACCAACAUCACUACACUCAUAUCUAGGGCGGUGAUCGGCUCCGUGAUGAUAAUGGUGGGCUCUAUCGGGUCUCUAAUCCGCUUCUUCGUCUUCACGGUGUGGGUGUUCCACGGUCUGUCCGUCCUCGCGCUCCUCGUGCUGCGAGUCAAAAACAAGGAGAAGAAACGGCCCUACAAGGUGAACAUCGUUAUUCCCAUUAUUGUAGUGAGCAUUAUAGGCGCCUUUACGGUGGCGCCAUUCGUUGGGCGACCGAAACCCGAGUUUUACGCGUCACUGGUUCUUCUGGCAAUUUCUCUCCUGUUUUAUCUCCAGUCCAAGUAUUUACCCGUCAACCCUGUGUUUUCAGAAAAGAUUACCAUUAUUUUACAACUACUUCUGCGAAUUGCACCGAGAAGCACGUUGCGAGUUCCCCGCAGACUGUCGCUGGCUAUGCACAGGGCUUCCAUAGCAAUCGCUCGGCGCCAGUCAGUGGCGCACAACAGACGGGUCCAGGAGGAGUACAUCCGCCGCCACUCGGGCUCUCUGAUCCCGCCCCCGUCCAUCAAGAGAUCCGCCUCCAGCCUCAGCUCCCAGAGGAGGCCAUCGAACGUCAUGCGGCGGAAUACCGGCAUUCUGAAGCGAUCGCAGACGUUCACAUCGGCGCGAAACUCCGUUCGCUCCACAUCAUUUUCGCCUGAUACAUUUUCAGAGAAAACGGACUUCACUACGAGCUGUGAUUCCGGGUUUAGCCCCAAUGAAGACUUGCUGUAUACCAAUGGAAAGCCAAGGACGAUGUUUCCCGAUGUCGAGAUAUCAAUCAGUCCACCUUCAGAGGAAUCGUUAGACUCUGAUUUCGACGCUGAUGAUGAUGGUAGUGGUGGUGAGGAUGUGCAGCCAAAUGAUGCCUUUGGGUUAGGCUUGUUCCCGAUCUUCACGCAAGGGUCGCUGGAGAGCUCGAGCAGUUCAGAAUCCUCCAGUGACGAGAAACAAUACGAGAGUCCCUCAACCUCCUCGGAUGACGAUUCUGAUGACCUCACGGAUGAGGACUUUCGUAUUGGGGACGAUCUGUCGUUCAUCUUCAUUGAUAAAAUCCACUCGUCUUCCACGGAUGACGAUCUUGGCAGGCAUGACACACGACUGUGAUUCUGAUCCAGUUUGGGUGGUGGUAUUUUAUCUACCAGCGAUGUUCAUCUUCAUUGAUAAGAUCCAGUCGUCCUUCUGCUGGUGACGAUCUUGCUAGGCAUGGCACACGACUUUGAUUCUGAUCCAGUUUGGGUGGAUUUUUGCCUACCAGCGAUAAACAUAAACAUAACCCAAAACAAUUUCAAACAGUAACUUACGCUAGUUUGAUGUUGAUUCUCGCAAAGGACACCCUUAACAUAAAAUGUCAUUUAUCGCAAAUAGUAUCUACUAUAGUCCGUCCAUACAAUUUGUUUUUGGUAAAUAAUUUCAGUUUGAUUUGAGGUAAGAAGAAACGUAAAACGUGUUUUGGAAAUAACAAGAAAAUACUAUUUUUGUUUCCAAUUUAGAAAACAAUCGGCUCAGAAAUAAAUAACUUGUAGUAAAUUCCAUAGUAUGAAAAAAAUGCGUUCACGGUGGGAAGGACUAUAGUAUCUAAAACUGUGAUAUUUAUUCAAUGCUGUUUAUGAAAUAUGUAUUAAUAAGAUAACUUGCAAAGUAAGGUUGCUUCACUUAAAACCAAUGUAUUUAAUAUUAGUAAAUAUGUAACAAGCUGAAUUGUCCAUGUUGACGUGCUUACUUGCAAAAUUAAAUAGUUUCGAACCAAGAGACAGACUAUUAACGACCUAAACAUUCUUUUUGAAGAACGUAACUCAAUGGAGUAAUGCCAUUAAAACCAACAUAGCGUUUCUGAA